AUACACACACACAUGCGUUAGACCAGCUAGACUAUCCUUUCACUUCUCAGCUCGCAAGGGACCGGGAUUUAUUUGUCAUUCACGACGGGACGAGCUAGGAUCUCCGUCUGCCGAGGCUGCUGAUGCGCAAAGAGAGGAGGUGAGCCAGAAUAAGGAAACAUGAGUGACCGCUUUGACUGCAAAAACUGCAACGAGUCUCUGUACGGCCGCAAGUACAUCCAGGUGGAGGACAACCCUCACUGCAUCCCGUGUUAUGACCGACUGUAUGCCAACACCUGUCAGGAAUGUAAGGAAAUCAUAGCACAUAAUGCCAGGGAGCUCUUCUUCGAGGACCGGCACUACCACGAACACUGCUUCCGCUGUUUCCGCUGCGACCGCUCCCUGGCGGACGAGCCCUUCACCAGCCAGGACGACGCGCUGCUGUGCAACGACUGCUACUGCAAUGAAUUUUCCUCCAAGUGCGUGGCCUGCGACAAGACCGUCAUGCCAGGCUCUAAGAAGCUGGAGUAUGGGGGCUCCACGUGGCACGAGGACUGUUUCGUGUGCCAUGGCUGUGACAAGCCCAUCGGCGCCCAGGCCUUCAUCCCAGACAACAACCAUUACUACUGUGUGCCUUGCUACGAGGGCAGGUUUGCUCCUCGGUGCAGCCACUGCAAAAAGGCGCUGGCCAAAGGCGGCGUGACCUACAAGGACGAAGUGUGGCACAAAGAGUGUUUUCUUUGCACGGGCUGCAAGACCCAGCUGGCAGGCCAGCCCUUCACCUCCCACGGGGAGAGGCCUUACUGUGUCAAGUGCUUCAGCAACCUCUAUGCCCAGAAGUGUGCCGGCUGCAACACGGCCAUCACAGGGUUUGGAGAUGGGAAGUACGUCUCCUUCGAGGACCGGCAGUGGCACCAGCCGUGCUUUAAAUGCUCCCGCUGCUCCGUGUCGCUGGUGGGCGCCGGCUUCUUCCCUGACCGGGACCAGAUCCUGUGUGCGGACUGCAACAGCGACGACUGACCGCCCUCGCCUCCACGCGUACGCUCUGCAGACACCUGACCAUCAACAUAACAAACACUGCCGCUAGCAGAACCAAAACUCCUAAACCUCAGCCCUGCACACGAACACUGCACCCUACUAAUUCACCCACAGCAUAAAACUGAUCCAAAGCUACUCCAGUAUGUACAUCGACUCAGCUUCUCUUGUCAGCCUAAAGCACAUUGAAAUGUAUGUAUAAAUUCUGUGAUGAUGUAUGACAGUUUUUCCUCUUCUUUAUUUUUUACUGUAUGUUUUGCACAUGAAAUUUAACUAGUGAGCAGCCCAGUAGGUCAGAUAUGAAAACAUGUAAUUUAAGAUGAAUGGUUAUUCAAGUGAUAAUCCACCCUUUUGUAACACGUUUUUUACAAGACAGCAACACAGAGCAAAGACUAUUUUAGCUACACAUAUUUGAAUGUCAUGAGCUAUGCUUGGCAAAUGUAUUUCUAUAUUUCUACUGCCAGUCAAGGAGUUUUUCAAAAUGUAAUUGUGCCUUUCUUCUUGCCUCUUAACAAUAUAGCCAUCCUACAAGUCCCACUAUUCACUGCAUGUUAAUAUUCUUGUUGAUUAGGGACUGUUGCUGAUAUGUACAUUUUGUUUUCUUUCUUUUUUUUUUUUUUGCCACCAUCAGUUGUAAACACCAGACACAUCUGCAGCAGUUUUGUGUUACGAUAUUCGUUUCUACUCAGCAACGUUUGAAAGAGAACAGAGCUCAGUGGCUGUUUCAGAACUCAUGCAAAAUGGAUGCAUGGUGAAGGACUUGCAGCAGCUGCCACCGUACAGUGCCUUAUAUAUAACCUUACUCAAAAUGCAAUAAAAAUACGCCGUCAAAACAGGAUGAACGAUCUUUUUUUUUUUCUUUAAAUAAGCAAAACAUGCAUGAUAGAUUUCAU